UGAUUACGGGUAGUUGUGUGAGAGAGGCGUCUUGGACAGUAAACGCUCGCUGCAGCUAUUGUAUUAUGUGAGGGUUUUAAACUGGAAUUAAGCUGAGGCCGUAGCAGCCUAUUGAGCCGGGGAGCCUGUGUGUGCAUGUGCCUCGGGUGGGCGUGUGCGAACGCGUGUUUGCGUGUUUGUGUGCCGUGAGUGUUCACACCACGCACACGGUCUAUUGUCUGUCGCCGGAGAUGGCAGAGUAAGGGACAGCGUGGAACAUGAAUUUCUUCUGCUUCUCACUGGAGGGCUCCACCGACAGCCUGUACGAACCCAAUCAAGGCAGGUCUCUCAUCAGGGACUUGAUCCCCACCCGCACCAGAAGUCCAUCUCUCCCGAGGAACAAGGAGAAGUGGCGAGGCUCCGAUCCCGACCUCUCCUCGGAACAGCCUCAGGCACACCCAGCUCAUUCAAGGAAGAAAAAGACAAGGUCACACGUACCAACAUCAACACUGGAGAAUGAAACAAGAGAGAACACAGACAGAGAUCCUCUCUACUGGCAGACAUCCAGAGACAAGAGAGAUUCUGUUUUCAACCAUAACAAUCACAACGAAGAGGCGGGCACAGUCUCCUGCCAGAGCUUCGUGCCAUCUGCUGAACACAGAGAGGAGCAGCUGAACCUGGGGAGAAGACAACAACACCCUUUAACACAGGGAGUCAACUUUGAAGCAUGGAAACCAAACUACGAGCACAGUGACUGCAAUCGGCAAGAUCUGACCGGGGAAGUGGAGGAGGAACUGAAGGGGACGUUGAAGAGGAUACAGAGGCUGGUGAAAGUGAAGAGGGGCAGCGGUGCGGAGGAGGGGAAGACCUCGGACAGCAGUGGUCAUUUGGCAGACAACGUCUUCACAGAGGACAGCCCGGUCAUAACCUGCAUUGGGCUGAGUAAGAAGACAGACAAGAAGCCGGUCAAGGCGGCCUCGUUGCCGCGGCGGCAGCCGGCCCAGGGGAGCAGAGGAGGAGCCGGAGAAGGAGAGUGGUCCUUAGGGGCUCACGCCCACCGCUGGAGCCCCACCGAAGUCCCUGCGCCCUGGGACCCCCCGUACCAUACCUGCCCCCGUCUCCGGGUGGAGCACCGGGUCCAUGGUUUGGACUUUACUCUGCCUCGGGCCACAGACUGGGAGCGCUUCGAGAGCCUGGUGCAGGAGCUGGACGGCAAACAGGCCGAGCUGGCCCCGCCUCCCCGGGUCAUCCGCUCCAUCACCGACGUGGACAUCUCCGACUCCAUGCGUUCCAGCGGCUACGGGAGACUCACCGGCCCGACGCUACACGCAUCGCCGACGAAGCCGAAAUACGGAGGGACGCUGUCUGCAGGGAGAGAACACGUGGGGAGUGGACAGACCAGUCCAGGGAGUUUGGGGAGGAGGAUUAAAGCCGUUUCCCACACCGUGUGCGAGAGGACGGGGAAGAGUCACGUCACAGCCCUGUCCGGAGAAACGGUCAGUGACAAAGACGACAGCAAACUCUUUAUCACCUCCCCUUUAAGCCCAGAGACCUACAUGCACGAGCCCAAAAGAGACGGAGCCCACGUCUACGUCUUGUCACCCUAUGAUCUGUUUACCAAGCUGUUCAUGUGUCUGAAAAGAGACAGCUCUGGUGUCGUACCGCAACAGGAGGUGGAAAGCCUCCUAUUACGAAGCACACAGGAGCAGGGACGGAGCGGGGAAACGGAGAGGAGCGAGGGAGGCCGAGGAGGGGCCGACGGGGGUCGGUCGUUCGGGAGCGGACGCCGGACGUCCAGUAACUCCCUGGGAAGCCUGUACAGUCUCAACAGCGGGCAGAGCUCCUCCAGUGGAGUCACCAGUGGGUCGGAUGGCUUCAGUAACAGAGACAGCCUCAGACUGGACGAGGACCAUCCCUACCCUGGCCAGUUCUGUGGUAGAGCCAGGGUCCACACGGAUUUUGUCCCCAGUCCAUACGACACCGAAUCCCUCAAACUCAAGGUAGGCGACACGAUUGACAUCAUCAGCAAGCCCCCCAUGGGAAUCUGGACUGGCAUACUAAACGGCAAACUGGGUAACUUCAAAUUCGUGUAUGUGGACGUCCUGGUGGACAAGGAGCCCGAGCUUCCCAGGAAAAUGAGACCACCGAGGAGAAACCCGCCACCCCAGCCAAGAACUUUACAUGAACUCUUGACACGCCUUAACCUGGAGGAGUACGUCUCCCCUCUACUCCUGAAUGGCUACCACACCGUCGAGGACCUGCGACAGCUGAGAGACGAGCACCUGAUGGAGCUCAACGUGACUGAUCUGGAACACAGGCAUCGCCUGCUGGCUGCCUUCCACUGCCUCGAAGAGCCCCAAUGGAACGAUCAGAAGGGAGGCGGGGCUAACCAGGAGGCUGGCUCUCCCACGGCGAGCAUCACGACCAACCUGAAAGACCAUCCCAGGGACUCCGGUUGCUACAUGCCGUCCGACUGCUGCGACGCCGAGCGGACCGAACUGCCAUCCGGUUAUCCUUCCCUGACCGUCUCCUAAUGAUCGGUUACUUCACUUAAUAUACGUCCAUCCUUUGACGAUGCGUUUUUACAGUGCAGCACAGCCCAGUAGUUUUAGGCUACGUGUAGCUGAAGGCGAAAAAUUGUUUCAUCUUGUUUCAAGACUGUUGAAGGUGUGUUCUUUGUGGUGAAGUGUCACUGUCUACCUCUGCUGUUCCUUUGUUAAGCAAUAUCCGUUUACAUGGUGAAGUGAAUAUGUACAACGUAAACUGAGUCAGUGAGUGACUGUAUAUGUUGGAAAUAUACAGUAGUAAAAAGGAAUUUACAACUUUA